CGUGCAAUCGCACGCAGCAACACAGCAGGUGCCAGCACUGCACUCGCAGCCGCAACAUCCCACCCGGGGCAGCCAAACACGCGCACCAUGCCCGUGGCCAACCAAUUGCCACCGGGCCAGCAGCAGAUUUACGACCACUUCGACACGGAGAGCAGCUACAGCCUUGAUGACCUCGCCGAAGAGUUCCUUCAGUACUCAAAACGAGACAUCGGGAGAUUUCUCGGGCGGCUGCGCGGGCGCGGCUUCCUGCGGUACGAAGAGCUUAGCGGGCGCUACACACGCGUGCCGGAGCACGAACGCGAGGACGAGGAGCAGCCCGUGGAGGACGAGGAUGAGGAGCCGCCACGCGCCCUCGACAUCUCCCUUCUGGUGGCGGGAGGUCUCUUCCUCCCGAUCCGGCUCCCCUGCUUUAUUCCCGGCGUUAUGGAGCACGCCCCUGCCUGUCAAACAUGGGCUGCUUCCCUGCCUGUCUUCGAUGAACACGUGUUCUUGAUCGAAAUGAGAAAGAACCUUGCGCUGACGCUGGUGCUGCUCUGCGCCUGGGCUUCCCUGCUGCAGACCAGCGUCGCGACCAAGAAGGCAGUGCUCAGGGCAGUGGCCUCGCUCAUGAGCAUUCAGAACCUAUGGGCCACAUUCGUCGCGCACGGACUGGCGUCUCCCGAAAUGCUGGGGGACUUCGUGUUUUUGGCCGCGCUCAUGGUCGCGGCGAUUCUUCUCACCGCACCGGAUGCGAAGGCGGGCAAGAAGAAGUGAGCAGCCGACGGCAUGCACACCAGAUAUUUCUUUGAGACGCUUCAUUCCGCUAGAACCUUUAAG